GAUGACGUUUUAUGUUUAUGUUGUGUUUAUGGUUGAUGUGUGGUUCUGUGGUGUGGUUGUGGUUGAUGCACGGGGUUGAUAUAUAUUAAAGAUCAUUUUUAAAUAUGAUGGAUAACCAGCCAUUAUUUAGAGAUUUAACAGCAGAAGAUUCAGAACCCGAAACCACAAUAGUUGAUUCAAUGUGUAUGAACUGUCAUGGAAAUGGACAAACAAGGCUAUUGUUAACUAAGAUACCAUUUUACAAGGAAGUAGUAUUAAUGUCAUUCAGUUGCAAUGAUUGCGGAUAUGAAAAUAAUGAAGUACAAUCGGGCAGUGUUAUUCCUGAAAAAGGAGUCAAAAUUACUUUGGAAGUAAAAGAGAAACGUGAUCUAAAUCGACAAUUAGUGAAAAGUGAUUACACAAAUAUAAAAAUACCAGAUUUAGAUUUUGAAAUCCCAUCUCAAACACAAAAAGGAGAAAUCACAACUAUAGAAGGAGUAAUAAGUAGAUGUAUUGCUGGUUUAAAUCAAGAUCAAGUUGCGAGGAGAAAUCAGCUCCCUGAAGCUGCCAAGGAAAUUGAUAACUUUAUAAAGAAAUUAGAAAAUUUAAAAAAUCUGCAAGACACUUUUACUUUAAUUCUUGAAGAUAUAUCAGGAAAUAGUUUUAUUGAGAAUCCUAAUGCUCCUAAAACAGAUUGCAAUUGCACAUAUGAAUAUUUCAAACGAUCAAAAGAACAAGAUCAUGCUUUAAAUAUUUUUAGUCAAGAAGAGGUUACCGGUGAGAAAAAAAGUGAACCAUCUAUCCUGCAUCCUAUUAAAGAAGGUGAAUUUACACUAGAGGAUAUUGAAGGAGAAGUUUUACAUUUUCCAACAAAUUGUCCAAAUUGUAAUUCACCAUGUCAAACUAAUAUGAAAGUGACAAAUAUUCCACAUUUUAAAUCUGUUGUUAUAAUGGCUACAAUUUGUGAUGUCUGUGGCAAUAAGACUAAUGAAAUCAAAUCAGGAACAGGAAUCGAACCUACAGGCGUUCAUAUAGAAGUUGAAGUAAAAACCAAGAACGACUUAACUAGAGAUGUUUUAAAGUCAGAGACCUGUGACUUAAAAAUACCUGAAUUAGACUUAGAAGUCGGGCCACAUGCCUUAGGAGGGCGCUUUACAACAAUUGAAGGUCUAUGUUUGGCAAUAAAAGAUCAGUUAAAUGAUCCAACACAUUCCCACAUAUUUGGUGACUCGGAGGAAAGAAGAACGAAGGAACAAUUUGAAACUUUUCUUAAAAAAUUUGAUGAAAUAAUAGAAAUCAAAUUUCCUGUUACUAUUAUUCUUGAUGACCCAUGUGGAAAUAGUUAUAUACAGAGUAUGAAGGAUAGCGAUGAACUAGAUAAUCAAUUAAGCAUAACACAUUAUGAAAGAAGUUUUGAACAAAAUGAAGAAUUAGGAUUAAAUGAUAUGAAAAUAGAAAACUAUGAAGAAUCAUAACAUUUAUUUUGAUUUAUAUAAAUAUAAAACACAUUGAUAAUGAGAACAUAUAUAUGAAAUAUAAAAGGAAUAUUGACUUAUUAAAAAAAUAUAUAUGAUUUAAUAAACAGGUUCUGGUGUUUGUGUCUUGA